AUGGUCAGAGAAGUCCACCCGCCCGCAGCCGAUGGGCAGUCAUGGGCUCUUGAAUACCAACCGGCUGCUGAUUGCGGCCGGUUCACUUUAAUCCCAACAGAGGUCCGAUGCCUCUUUCUCCGCUUCUGUCUUGAAGCAGGACGUGAGUGUGAUGCCUCGGCCCUCGUAAGGACGAACAAAGAGUUGCACCGCAAACUCAACCCUGAACUAUAUCAUCUUGUCCUCAAGCACGAAACCUUUCACAUUGUUCACUGGGCUGCAAUGCACAGUCGAGUCGGAACUUUGAGGAUCGCGUUCGAACAGGGCGCAGACCCAAACCAAUUGUGGACGUCAGCCCGUCCUCUUGUGCAAUAUCCGACGAAUAUUACCAACUUUCGGCCUGCGGGAUACGGCCUGGACACUAGCCGCAAACUUCUCUGGGCCCUAUAUAAGCAACUAUAUCACGUUGGCUGCCCACCGACUCCACCUUCUGCGCCCUUGCCUUGGGAAUAUGCCUGGUUCUCUCGGCAAGGCCUUUCAAAAGCGAGCUUGGAUCAAUUGGCGAAAUUCCGGACCCAUUAUUACGGGGUUACAGGUUGGGGCAGGCAACCGACACAAGUGUGUUACGCCGCACUCCGCGCAAGUUGUAACGAUAGGUCUGAGCCGCCAAACGAGUUCGAAUGUCCGGAGAAUGAGGAUGCCAGGUUCAAUCAUUUGUCAAGCCCGCCUGACAGUGACUUCACAUUUCCAGAAGAAUUAUCUCCCGAGCAAAUGGACAAGCGUGAGGUGAAACUUGAAUACAUCCGACUUUUCCAAUGUUGGCACGCUCCCCUUCAUACCGCAGCUCGAUUCGACAACGCUGCGAUCACGGCGGCCUUGCUUGCGAAUGGGGCAGAUAUGGAUGAGACCUCUGUAGAGGUCUGCUCCUGCUCUAAGGAUCUUAUGCCAUCCAGCGUGACAGCCUUUGUCGACACUAGGCACCACGCAGACCAUCUGGUUGUCUUUACGCCCCUCCACGUCGCGGUCUGCAAGGGGAGCUAUGAUACAGCCAAAGUGCUGGUCAGCCAGGGCGCACGUCGGAUGACGAAGGUGUUUCAUGGAACUGAUGAAGAGUACUGGACGACCGAGAACCCUGUACACGUUUCACUAUACGUCCAUCAUGAACACGGACUUAACUAUGACUUCAUCGAAUUCCUGCUCAAACACGGAUUUCCAAUUGAGGAGCGCAACCACGAAGAUCUGACACCACUCAUGAUUGCGUGCAACGGUAGAAAUGAUACAGCGCAAGAAGACGUUGUGAAGCUUCUCCUGCGAUAUGGUGCAGACCCAAACAACCCGGGUCCUCGCCCUCCACGAAGUAAUGUUGAGAUGGUGUGGCUAAAUUAUGGUGAUGAAACAGCAACUCCUCUUAUUUGGGCUAUUCGAAAAGGUCAGUUCAGACUUGCCAGAUUACUUCUGCACCAUGGGGCAGAUGCAGAGCGAAGGUCUUCAAACUUGCAGUCCACCGCGCUCACAGCUGCGUGCUCAACGCAGAGUUUCACGUGCAUGAACUCAAGUCAACAAGACAUAAUCGAUUUCUUAGAUGCUCUGCUUGCAAACAGCACUGCAGAAGAUGUGAACGCAUUUGACGCAAAGGGGAUCAAUUCUUUAAUGAGGGUGAUCGGUUGGAGCUUUUUUCCAAACUCUCCGGCUAUCAUUGGAAUCAUGCGAUCCAAAUUGCUGGAGAAAGGAGCCGAUAUUCUAGCAGGUCACGAUGAGGGAAGGGUAACACCUUUUGAGCACGUAAUCCGCAGGACUAUCCGUUCGCAUCCCGCCGAAUUUGGGGGAGCACCCCCAGCUGUUGGAGGAGACAGAUUGCUGGCCAUUUUGCAGGCUUUCAAGAUCCACCAGCAACCCAAAAGGCCAAAAGCGUAUCUUAACCAGUUCUGGGACUCCUUGAACGAAGAGUGGCCUUUCGUGGUCGAGAAACGGCUCGAAAUGGCAUCAUCUGUGCUGCACGCCCUGAUCAGGUCCGGAUUUAGCCCAGCCGAGACUGACGAGAACGGCGAUACUGCCAUGACUUCUUUCCUGAAGCACAUCGCCAACAAGCCACGUUGGAGGGCGAUCGAAGGAAGUCUAUCUGAAAUCAAAGCGUGGUUCUUCAUCCAGUCGACUAUCGCAAUAUUGCAAGAAAAUGGCGCAGCACUUCACGUCAGGAACAAAAAGGGGUACACAGCUUUCGACUACCUACAGCAAAUUGUAGACAACAAUUCGGAAAUUGAGGUCAACAAUGACUUUGCCCAAGUUAUGGAUCGUUUGGUGAAACCUGGCAAGGACGAAUUUGGUAAUCUGUGUUUCAAAUUUCACCCCACUCAAGUCAUGUUUGGUGACCUAUCUGGGCAUGAUUUCCUACGUCUACUCAAACGCAACAAGUCAAGAUGGUUGGUCUGCGAGACUUGGUGCACCCAUUACUGCGGCAAUUACAAAGAUCCGAAUGGAGACUCCUCGAUCGGCCCUGGUUUCGGAAACGGAAUUGUUGUCAAUGAGUGCUGGGGCCAUGGAAGCGGAAUUUAUCUCUUUAUGGCCAAGGUCAUGCAAUCAUGA